AUGCUAUGCAGCCAUCGUAAGCAGACAACAGAGGAGGAUAGAGGGGUCGCUGAAGUACCUGAUUCAGACAAUGAAGACAAUCUUACUGAAAAGCAGACCGAACAAAAUGAGAAAUUUUGUAAAGCGAACGAGCGACGAUUAAGCUGCGAUGACAUUAUUAUUGAAGAUUCUUCGCAAGAUUAUCAUAAAUCCUGCUUAGGACAAAACAUAGUUGGCUUACUCACUGAAUCUUCUACUCUUCAAACUAUAUCUGAUUCUGCAGCACCCUCCCAAACAAACUGCUCAAUACUGGCUUUAAAUUCACCUAUAAUCAACGUCAUUCCUGAUUUAUUAGAUUGCCCAAUAAAGCUUUUGACGUACCCCCAUCAGGUUACAGAAGAAAGAACUUUAAAUGAAAAGAUGACAGAUGCUUUGCAAUUGAACAAAACCACUCAGAAUUCAGAUAAUUUGUGCAAUUCUUCCUAUCGUUCUACAGGAUCCAUCGGUCAGGAGAAGUCUCUGAGCACUUCAAAAUCAACUACAUUACAUUAUUUGCCUUUAUGCACUACGAUCGUUUCUUCAGAUUCGUUUGAUUCUUCGUGCUAUUUGGGCAUUGAUUGUGCAUAUUCAAACUAA